UAAAAACAUAUGUUUUAAUUUAUGUAAAAUAAUAAUAUAUUAUAUAUUAAUGCCAAUAACGAACGUGGGAAAGUAGCUAAAUUCUCCAUUAUACAAUUACUUAGUACUGAAAGUUUAUAUUACCGAUCUGUUCAUACAAGUGUGAUUCUGAUAAAAACCUGUUGAUUUGCUCCUACUGGAAUUUAGUCUGGUUUUAAGCUUUGAAUAAGAUUGUUCUACAUAUCAUUUACAAUAAAAAUUUAUUGUUAUAAUUUAAAAUAAGUUGCAAAAUGAAUGAAAUGAGUAUGUACGAAGGAUAUAAAUCCCCUUUGAGCACUCGAUAUGCUAGUAAGGAGAUGCAGUUUUUAUUUAGUGAUCAACAUAAAUUUGCUACUUGGAGGCAUUUAUGGAUUUGGUUAGCGCAAGCUGAACAGUCUCUUGGAUUAGCAAUAACUGAUGCACAAAUUGGUGAAAUGAAAGCAAAUGUGAAUGAUAUUGAUUUCCAAGCUGCCGCUGCUGAAGAACGCCUUACCCGGCAUGAUGUCAUGGCCCACGUACAUGUUUUUGCAAAACAAUGCCCACUAGCUGCACCAAUUAUACACUUAGGAGCUACUUCAUGCUAUGUUGGUGAUAAUACGGAUUUAAUAAUAUUGCGAAGUGCAUUAGAUCUUUUGUUACCGCGAUUAGCAUCCGUUAUACAUUGUUUGAAAGAAUUUGCUUCUAUGAAUAAAUCUCUACCUACCUUAGGAUUUACGCAUUUACAACCGGCACAAUUAACCACAGUUGGGAAACGUGCAUGCCUAUGGAUACAAGAUUUAGUUAUGGACGAACGUGCUCUACGUCGUUGUCGUGAAGAUUUGAGAUGUCGUGGUGUAAAAGGUACAACUGGUACACAAGCGUCAUUUUUACAACUUUUUAAUGGUGACAGUGAAAAAGUUAAACAGUUAGAUUUGCUAGUAACUAAAUUAGCAGGAUUUGAAAAACCUUAUGGAGUUACAGGACAGACAUAUAGUCGAAAAGUAGAUGUCGAAAUAAUUGGAGCACUUGCUAGUUUAGGUACUACUGUGCAUAAAAUGUGCUCUGAUCUACGUUUAUUAGCUUCCAGAAAAGAACUCGAAGAACCAUUUGAAACAACCCAAAUUGGUUCAUCUGCUAUGCCAUAUAAACGAAAUCCUAUGCGUUCGGAACGUUGCUGUGCACUUGCACGUCAUUUAAUAACGUUAUUUUCAAAUGCUGCAAAUACUCAUGCCACACAAUGGCUUGAACGAACCUUAGAUGAUUCGGCAAAUAGACGUUUAACUUUAUCCGAAGCAUUUUUAUGUGCUGACGCCACUCUUUUAACUUUACUUAAUAUUUCACAAGGCAUGGUGGUUUAUCCUAAAGUUAUUGAAAGACAUAUUGCACAGGAAUUGCCAUUUAUGUCUACAGAAAAUAUUAUAAUGGCAAUGGUUAAAGCUGGUGGUGACCGCCAAGAAUGUCAUGAAAAGAUUCGCGUACUUUCACAAGAAGCUGGGUCUCAAGUUAAACAAUACGGCAAAGAUAAUGAUUUAGUUGAACGUGUACGUAAUGAUUCAUAUUUUGCUCCAAUUUUAUCUCAACUAAAAGAAAUUCUUGAUGCAAAAACUUUUAUUGGUCGUGCUGCCGAACAAGUGGAUGAAUUUAUAGCUGAAGAGGUAGAACCUGUUUUAUUACGCUAUCACGACGUACUUAAAAAUAUAAAAGUUGUUACACUAAAUAUUUAAAUAGACUGGACUUAAAGUUUAGUUUUUCGUAUUUACUUUAUAUCUUGUAUACUUAUUUUGCUAUACAAUAAAAUGAAGUGCAACAGUUACAAAUUA